ACAACUGAUCAAUACUGGGUUCCAUGUUUACAUGAUGAAACUGAGAAACUAGUUCGUAAGUUAGUUCGAUUGGAUAACCUUUUUGCCUAUUGGAAUGUGAAGUCUCAGAUGUUUUAUCUUAAUGAUUAUGGUGAAUCAUUGGACAGUUUGAGGAAAGGCAUUGUCAAUGAAAAUGUUCCAGAAGGUUAUGAUUUUGUAUUUCGCCCCAUAUCUGCUAAUGCCAAACUUCAGAUGAAUCGCCGAUCAGAUUUUGACUUUUCUGACCCAAAAGUGAACCUGGAUGUUGAGUUACAUAGCAUAGCAAUUGAAUUUAAUAAACCACAGUAUUUCAGUGUUGUGGAGCUUCUUGAAUCAGUUGAUAUGAUGACACAAAAUCUGCCUUACAGGAAAUUCAAACCUGAUGUACCUCUUCACUACCAUGCAAGGGAAUGGUGGGCUUACGCUAUACAUGGUGUUCUUGAAGUAAAUGUUUGCCCCAGGUUACGGAUGUGGUCAUGGAAGCAUAUUAACGAACAUAGGCAAAGAGUGAAGCAAUAUAAAGAACUGUAUAAAAAAAAGUUAACAAGUAAGAAGCCAUCUGGUGAAAUUCUCACGUCUUUGGAGGAGCUGGAAAAAACCCUGGAUGUUUUUAAUAUAACUAUAGCUAGACAACAGGCAGAAGUCGAGGCAAAGAAAGCUGGAUACAGGAUUUACAAAGAAGGGGUCAAAGAUCCAGAGGAUAAUAAAGGGUGGUUUAGCUGGCUGUGGACUUGGUCAGAACGAAAAACUAAAGAACAACCAGAUGUUAAACCUGAAAUUCUUGAAGAAAUGUUGACUCCUGAAGAAAAAGCUUUACUCUAUGAAGCAAUUGGCUAUAGUGAAACAGCAGUUGAUCCAACCUUGCCAAAAACAUUUGAAGCCAUGAAGUUUUUUGUUCACUUGAAAAGUAUAUCUGUUGUUCUAAGAGAAAAACAACAAACACCUGAGCUGUUAGAUGUUGUAAUAGAAGAAUUUAGCAGUUUGAUUGUACAAAGACCAGGGGCACAAGCAAUAAAAUUUGAAACCAAAAUAGAUUCUUUUCAUGUUACGGGCUUACCAGAUAAUUCAAAAAAACCUCGCCUCCUCUCUUCAUUGGAUAAUGCUAUGUCACUCUUCCAAAUUAUAUUUGAGAUAAAUCCAUUAGAUGAAACUGUUGCUCAAAGGUGUAUCAUAGAAGCUGAACCUUUAGAAAUGAUAUAUGAUGCAAGAACAGUGAAUAGUAUAGUGGAAUUCUUCAGACCUCCAAAAGAGGUGCAUCUAGCCCAGCUCACUUUAGCAACUUUGACAAAACUUGAAGAAUUUCGUGAUAAGACAGCAACAGGUCUACUGUAUAUUAUUGAAACACAGAAAGUUCUUGACCUCAAAAUUAAUUUGAAGGCUUCAUAUGUUAUUGUCCCACAAAAUGGAAUUUUUAGCUCUACAUCAAAUCUACUUCUUUUGGAUCUUGGUCAUCUAAAGGUGACAAGUAAAAGUCGUUCGGAAUUAACAGAUGUGAAACAAGGUGGGACCAAUCUUGAAGAAAUAAUGCAUAGAGCUUAUGAUUCCUUUGAUAUACAGCUUACAAGUGUACAGCUGCUUUAUAGCAAAGUUGGUGAUAAUUGGAAAGAAGCACGAAAACUCAAUGUAUCUACACAGCAUAUUUUGGUACCCAUGCACUUCAAUGUGGAACUCUCUAAGGCCAUGGUUUUCAUGGAUUUAAGAAUGCCCAAAUUCAAGAUUUUUGGAAAGUUACCUCUUGUUUCUUUACGAAUCUCGGAUAAAAAACUUCAAGGGAUUAUGGAAUUGAUUGAAAGCAUUCCAAAACCUGAAUCUGUAUCUGAAGUAUCUGCCCCUGUCAAAUCAUUUCAGACUCAAACAUCUACUUCUUUGGGACCAUCACAGUUUUCACAGAAAGUAAUUCCUCUCUUGGAACUUCCGUCUGUUACUGAAGAUGAAUCAGAGGAGGAAUAUUUUGAUGCACCAUGUAGUCCCUUGGAAGAGUCUAUUCAAUUUCCAACUGGAGUUAAAAAUAUUCAACACAGAAAGUUACAAAAACAGGAUUCUUCAAAAAAUGUGAUUGAGUUUAAAAUACGAUUUGAAAUACCAGAGGUUUUGAUUCAAUUUUAUCACCUAGUUGGAGAUUGUGAACUAUCUGUGGUAGAAAUUGGUGUUUUAGGAUUGGGCACAGAAAUUCAGAUUAGAACAUUUGAUUUGAAAGGAAAUGCCUUUUUGAAAGAGUUCUGGUUAAAAUGCCCAGAAUACUUGGAUGAAAAUAAGAAACCAGUUUAUUUGGUUACAACACUGGAUAAUACGGUGGAUGAUCUCUUAACACUGGAAUAUGUGAAGGCUGAAAAGAAUGUACCCAACUUGAAAAGUACCUAUAACAAUGUUGUACAACUGAUUAAGGUGAAUUUUUCCUCUUUGGAUAUUCAUUUACAUACUGAAGCACUUCUGAAUACAAUAAAUUAUUUUAAUAAUAUCCUUCCACAGUCAGAGGAAAAAUCAGCCUCAGUGCAUAUUGCAGAGACUGAAGACAAAGGAGAUGUUGUUAAAAAAUUAGCUUUAAAACUAUCCACAAAUGAGGAUAUUAUUACCUUGCAGAUCCUAGCAGAAUUAUCAUGUUUAAGGAUCUUUAUUCAAGAUCAGAAGCGUAACAUUUCUGAAAUUAAGAUUGAAGGACUUGAUUCUGAGAUGAUUAUGAGGCCUUCAGUAACUGAAAUAAACGCAAAAUUAAGGAAUAUAGUUGUUUUGGAUUCUGAUGUAACAGCUGUAUACAAAAAGGCAGUUUAUAUCACUGGGAAAGAAGUUUUCAGCUUCAAAAUGGUUUCUUACAUGGAUGCAACUGCUGGUUCUGCAUACACAGAUAUGAAUGUGGUUGACAUUCAAAUUAAUUUAACUGUUGGUUGCAUUGAAGUAGUUUUUGUCAAAAAAUUUCUAUAUUCUAUAUUGGCUUUUAUAGAUAAUUUUCAAGCAGCUAAACAAGCCUUGGCUGAGGCAACAGUUCAGGCAGCAGGAAUGGCUGCUACUAGUGUGAAAGAAUUGGCACAAAGGAGUUCCAGAAUGGCACUGGAUGUUAACAUCAAAGCCCCAGUUGUGGUCAUCCCACAGUCUCCAGUUUCCGAAAAUGUUUUUGUUGCUGAUUUUGGACUAAUUACAAUGACAAAUACAUUCCAUAUGAUAACAGAGUGCCAGAGCAGCCCCCCACCUGUUAUUGAUUUGAUAACAGUAAAGCUGAGUGAAAUGCGAUUAUACAGGUCUCAAUUUAUUAAUGAUGCAUACCAGGAAGUACUGGAUCUACUAUUGCCACUAAAUCUAGAAGUGGUUGUUGAGCGAAAUUUAUCCUGGGAAUGGUACCAGGAAGUUCCUUGUUUUAAUGUAAAUGCUCAGCUAAAACCCAUGGAGUUUAUUCUUAGUCAAGAAGACAUAACAACUAUUUUUAAAACAUUGUAUGGCAAUAUAUGUUAUGAAGAAGGUGAUAGUGCCUCAUCUGCUGUAAUAAAAGACCAAUCUAGUGUCACUAGUGGAGUUAAUAAUGCUUCACACAAUUCAGGAGGAGCAACUGUGGUGACAGCUGCUGUGGUAGAAGUACAUUCACAUGCCUCUCAAGUUAAGACAACAGUAAAUACGAGUUUCAGAACUGACUACCUCACCAUGGUACUAUAUAGUCCAGGUCCUGAACAAGCUUCCUUUACAGAUGUUCGUGAUCCUUCUCUGAAACUUGCUGAAUUUAAAUUGGAGAAUAUUAUAAGUACUUUAAAAAUGUAUACAGAUGACUCAGUAUUUUCUUCCUUCUCAUUAAAAAACUGUAUUUUAGAUGAUAAAAGGCCUCAUGUCAAGAAAGCAUCUCCUCGAAUGAUAGGAUUGACAGUGGGGUUUGACAAAAAGAACAUGAUGGAUGUAAAGUAUAAGAGAGUCAGAGAUGGUUGUGUGACUGAUGCAGUCUUUCAAGAAAUGUAUAUUUGUGCAAGUGUGGAAUUUCUGCUGACCGUUGCAAAUGUCUUUUUUGAGGCCUACACCAUAGGCAGUGCUGUAGAAACAAAUGUUCAAACAUGGACUUCUAAGGAAGAAGUUAGGUAUGAACGAGGCUGCUGUAACAAGAAGUACCCCCCUCCCCCAUCCCCAAAGUGGCUAAAGCAUGGUAGAACUACAAGGGUUUUGCAGCCCUGUGACUUGUUUUAUCAGGCUACUCAGAUAGGUACAAAUCCACAAGUGAUUGAUAUAUCAGUAAAAUCCCUGACAGUAAAGGUUUCACCAGUUAUCAUAAAUACCAUGAUUACCAUAACUUCAGCACUUUAUACAACUAAGGAAACCAUUCCAAAAGAAACAGCUUCUUCUACAGCACAUUUAUGGGAAAAGAAAGACACAAAGAAUUUAAAAAUGUGGUUCCUUGAAGAAUCAAAUGAAACUGAAAAAGUAGCUCCCACAACUGAAUUGGUACCCAAAGGAGAGAUGAUAAAAAUGAACAUUGAUUCUAUCUUUAUAGUUCUUGAGGCCGGAAUUGGUCAUAGAACAGUGCCUAUGCUUUUGGCAAAGUCAUGUUUUUCAGGGGAAGGGAAAAACUGGACUUCCCUAAUAAAUCUCCACUGUCACCUUGAGCUAGAGGUACAUUAUUAUAAUGAAAUGUUUGGUGUAUGGGAGCCUUUGCUUGAACCCUUAGAAAUUGACCAGACUGAGGAUUUUAGACCAUGGAAACUUGGAAUCAAGAUGAAAAAGAAAGCAAAAAAGGCCAUUGUUGAGUCAGAUACUGAAGAAGAAAACUACAGAGUGCCAGAAUUUAAAACUGUUAUUAGUUUCUAUUCAAAAGACCAAUUAAACAUCACAUUAUCCAAAUGUGGCCUUGUAAUGUUAAAUAAUUUAGUCAAGGCAUUUACAGAAGCUGCCACUGGAACUUCAACCGUCUUCAUGAGGGAUCUAGCACCAUUUAUGAUUUUAAAUUCUCUUGGACUUACUGUCUCUGUUUCGCCAAGUGAUUCUUUUAGUGUACUGAAUGUUCCUGUGGCAAAAUCAUAUACAUUGAAAAAUGAAGAGAGUUUAAGUAUGGAUUAUGUCAGAAUUAAGGACAACGAUCAUUUCAAUGCAAUGACCAGCCUAAGCAGCAAACUCUUCUUUAUUCUUCUUC